AAAGUUCGCAUUUCCCUCAGUUUCAGGACGCAGUGAUAAUCGAGGUCAAAUACAGAAGGUCUGCAGCUCUAGAAAUAUAAAUGGCUAAAGUAGUAGCUCCCAUGAGCAAUGGAGUGGGUAGCUUUGUGUGUCAACUAAAGAGACUGACGUUCCAAUACUGCAAGGCUGGAGGGAGCAGCAAAGGUGUGAGGCAGUAUCUAGACAGUUAUGUAGUGAAGCUAGCCAAAGAAGCCCCUCACACAGCAAUCUAUGUCAGACUCCGUCCAGGCAGACAUCCACGACUCGUCGGAGAGUUUUUGAAUGGCAACAGUCAAGUGGUUCCCGUACCCAAUCUGAGCUCAGGGGAGAUCAAGGAGCAUGUGUGGAGACUGGGCAGUGCCUCAGGGGAGAAGGUCAAGAAGCUAAAGAAAUACUGGCACACAGACAAUCCUAGCAUACAGGGAAACUGGUCACCGUUUCUGUACAAGUAGUGCUCUCAUUGUUUGCUCAAUCAAUUCGUGCUUGUGUCGCUAUAUUUAUGUUAUUAAUAAUUAUGAUAUUUGAACAUAUUUA